AUGGCGGGGACAGCUACCGCGACUUACACGACAGAUGUUUGGACGUCACCCAGCGUAGAUGGGGGUCAGUGGGAGUAUGCUGUCCCGAUUCGACAGGAUAGUACUAAGCAUCGCUCAAAAUCACGGUCCUCCCACGAUUCACACGCCAGAUCCAGGGAGCGUACUUCCAAGGGCUCUCGCAGCUCCUCACUGUCGCGACACGCCUAUGCUCACGAGCACUUGACCUCCCGGGGCCGCCCACAAGCUAGCCACAGCCGACGCGGAAGUGAGGCAGGCAGCUCACGCUCAAUCUACGGACACGAUGUAGCCAGUCGCAGCGCCGGCAAUGUGAAGGACUCGACGGAUAGUCUUUAUCGAAAGGGGUCGGUGAGACAAGACGAGCGGAACGAGGGAAUGGGGCUGUAUAUGGACGAGCUGGACCAGGACAAUUGGAUCCAUCGCGACAAGCUGGCCAAAAUUGAGAGUGAGGAGCUGCAGCAAGCCGCUAUUCUACUACAACGUCGGGCGGGUGAGGGCAACAAAUCGCGCACAAAGAACUAUGACUUGUAUGGAACGCCUGCCACCUCUCCGCCGACCGAGCAACUGGAGCCAUGGCCGAGUUUGCACGGCGAUUCCCAGCUCCGAGAACAUAGCGGCUCUCCGACCUUCCCAGAAGAGGGUGAAGAGCGCGACAGAUGGGAUCCUCGUCGACCGGAAGAGAGCACGGCUAAUGGAGCGGCUGGCUUCUAUCGUAACCCCGGACUGCGCAAGAGCUCGUCGCGGAUACCCAUUCCCUCGGGUAUUCCUGUACCGAUCUCUCCCAAUCCCGAGAACGGCGGACGGGAAUUCUCCAAACAGCGCAGCCGCGCAAAUACUAACGGGGAUGACGAUGCUUUGUCCUUCGGUAUGCCCCGUCGGGCCAGUGAGCCAAUGUCGGUGGACUCUGCCCAGAACAUCACUCCGGCCGGGAGCCGGCCUGGCAGUCGUGGGAACACCCUGCAAAAUGCGGCGGGUAGAAAGACCACCAAGGGCGGUGCUACCAAUCGCAAGACGUCGGCUCCUCCGUCAACUACACGAAAGGCAACCCCGAGAAGCCGGGCACCGUCGAGCACGUUGCGGGCCACUAAAGCCGCAGAAAAUCGUCCCAUUAACCGGCCGGAAGGCGACCCUCCAUGGCUGGCGACGAUGUACAAGCCCGAUCCACGUCUUCCGCCUGACCAGCAGAUUCUUCCCACGCAUGCCCGACGCAUGCAGCAGGAGCAGUGGGAGAAGGAAGGCAAGACGCCUACCACGUAUGAUCGGGAGUUUGCUCCGCUAGCCAUUGGGCCAGACGGGCCGAAGCCCACAGAGAAGCCGGCACCGAAGGAAGUGGAGCCGGAGCCGAUCGAACAGAACGAAAAGGAGGAGAAGAAAGAAGUGCAAGAGCCACAGAAGACCCCGAAUUUGGAGACACCGUCCAAGGAGUCGGGACGGCCGAACUCAGGCACCGGCUACAGCACGAUGCCGCGGGUACAGGAACCACCACAGGCGGCACUGCAGCCGAAAUGGAGCCCGCCAGUGGUGACCGCGCAGGAACCGCCGCCGAAGGAGAAGGGCUGCGGAUGCUGCAUCGUGAUGUAG